CCUCUCGGCUCAUGAUAAGGAAACAAUAGUCCGUUCGUACAUCAGAGUGCAGCUGAGUUUCGCCAGUUCUGCAUCGUACAUUUCAGCAAGAAAGAGAAGUUAGAGACUUCACGAAAAUCUGACUUGUUUAAGCGAUUGGUGUGUGCUCUUGUGAGGCCAGCCCUUCCCCAUGGACAGAGGAAGGGGGUUCGGCUACCGGGGGCGUGGCCGUGGACGCGGCAACUUUGGCGGGAGGGGUGGGCAGCGUGGUGGAUGGAGGGGCAGAGGAGGUGGCGAUCCGCAGGAUAGAAAUGGACAAGCCAGCGGCAACUCGGAAAGACGGCGGGACAGGGUCAUCAGACCGAUCGGGUACCGGAGGUUACAGGAACUGUGUGAGAAGGACCCGAAAGAGGUCGUUCUGACGUUAGUGGAGCGGACUAGCGGAUGUAAGGAACUUCUAGACGAGACCUCCAUCAGAAAAGACCUGGUGGCACUGCUACUCCGCGUUCUCGCACGAGCCUGUGACUGUUCGUCUUCUCCUGAGAACACCAUGAAGCUGUUGGUGAUGGUCCGCUACUCCAAGUUCCUGACCGGGGCCCUUGCGAUGUACUUCGCGGUAAUGCCGGCAGAGAGCUCGUACCACGCACAGCAGGAGUUCCAAGAACCAAUCAAAUGUGCUCUCCGGUUGUUCCGUGAGCUCCUGGACAGGUCUGCCAGUUCCCACAUUGAGGUAGGGGUCCCUUUGGCAGUGUUAGGGACUACUAUAAACACUCUCAGAGCAGUAAGCACUGUUGUGGACGACGACAUAGAGAUAGGCCUGGCGGAGGUUGAAUCGCGCAGAGACGCCAUUAUUGAAGCCACGCACAGAGGAGCGGUUUUAAGAGACGACGACGGAACACUUGCCACACGUCUGGACCGACAACUUCAGCUCGAGACGCCUCCAGACGACUUCAGGGAACUGUCGGUCAUCCCGACUUUCGAAGACAUCCACACUGACAAGGAACCGUUUCUUCGCCCCAACAUCGUCCGUGGCCGCUACCCUGACGUGGACACGUAUCUGGACGUCCAGUUCAGGCUGCUGCGAGAAGACUUCGUACGGCCUCUACGAGAGGGUAUUUCGGAGUUCCUGGACAUGCGUAGACGGGGACUGGGCCAUGAUCGCCGGCUCCAAGACAUCCGUGUCUACCAUGACGUCCACGUGGUUCACCCCAUCUGCACGAACAGUGGCAUCGUCUACAGGAUCCAGUUCGACGCUGCAAGACUCCGAGGGGUUCGCUGGCGCUCCACAAAGCGUCUCAUUUUCGGCUCCCUCCUCUGCCUCUCCAAAGACGAGUUCAAGACCAUGUUCUUCGUGACGGUCGCAAACCGCGACCCAAAACAGCUGGAACAGGGGUCCGUAGAAGUUCGGUUCGAACAGAACCUCGAAGCCGCAUCAGCCAUCAGCCCCACUGAGACGUUCAUCAUGGUAGAGACAUCUGCCUACUUCGAAGCCUACCGACACGUCCUGAAAGGUCUUCAAGAGGUUCGGCAGAACACAAUGCCGUUCACCAAGUACAUCGUGGACUGCGACUGCGCCAACGGCGUGAAUCCACCGGCCUAUCUAAGAGGGAGGUUCGGGGCGGACGAAGAGGUCGUUGAUGUAUACGACGACAACAACCCACAUUUUGGUAGAUCUCGGGCAGUUCCUAUUCUACGAGAGGAUAGGUGGCCUUCUGCUGAUGCUCUGCAUCUUGACGACUCCCAAUAUCAAGCCGUGAAGAUGGCACUGACGAAAGAGUUCUCUGUUAUCCAGGGCCCACCAGGAACUGGCAAAACUUACAUCGGGCUCAAGAUCGUUCAAGCUCUGCUGAAGAACAAGAGCGUGUGGCUGAGGAAUCAAGAUCUGCAGAACAGCCCAACCAGGCCCAUCCUUGUGGUUUGUUACACAAACCAUGCCCUGGAUCAGUUCCUAGAAGGCAUUUCUGAGUUCCACCCAACAGGCAUUGUGAGAGUGGGAGGUCGAAGCCGUAGUGAGAAGAUGGAGCAGUUCCAACUGAAGACCAUCCGGUUCAGUAAGAGGAAGGAUAGAAAAGUCCCUCGGUACAUCCACGAGGGCGGUGCAGAGGCAAGGAAUGACAUGCAACGCUAUCAGCAACAGAUGGAGAUGGCUGUAGCACAGAUGAUGGCGACGCAAAGAGGACUCAUUCACGAAGAUGCUCUGAUGCCGUUCAUGGAGGAAAACCACAAAGACACAUUGAUGAACAUGUGGCUCGUGGCCAACGACGAUGCAUUUGGGUGGUCCGGUGCUGAACAGAAGGGCUCUGUAAUGGUGCAGUGGCUUUGCCUCACGGGAACUGUCUUCAUACUGCCAACAGAAGAUGGGCAAAACCAACCCGAAGAAGGGGACGAAGAGGAGGAAGCGGUGGAGCAAGAAGACGAGGAAAUCGACGUCAUGGAAGAAGCCGACUUGUUGGAGGAACAGCGUUUGCUGGACGACGAUGAGCUGCCCUACGGCCAUAGCAAGAGGGGGAGGGCAAAGAAAAAUGUCGUUGCCGUGGAUCUCGCACUCGAUGUGGAAGCGCUACAGCUACAGGAACACCAGGCAGGAAACCAGGGUGAAUGGCAGGUACAAACUAACGCAAAGAAGAAGAAACAGAGAGUGAAGCAUGAGCUCAGCAAGACAGACAUGAUGACCGACACUGAAGUUCGCCACGUCCAAAAUGUCUGGACGUUGCAGCCACGCGACCGAUGGCGCCUCUAUCGUCACUGGGUGGCCAAGUACUGUGCCAAGUACAAGGAUUCAAUCAAAGACUAUGAGCGAGAGUACGAACGCGCGGCUAAACGUCUCACGGAGUUCCAGAGCCAAGAGGACGGGGAGAUAAUGAAAGAAGCAACCGUCAUCGGAAUGACCACUACUGGUGCUGCCAAACACCAAUCACUUCUGCAAGACAUCAAGCCUUCUAUCAUAGUUGUAGAGGAGGCAGCAGAAGUUCUGGAGGCCCACAUCGUCACAACGCUGUCUCAGCAGUGCCAACACCUCAUCCUUAUCGGCGAUCACCAGCAGCUCCGUCCCAACCCAACCGUCUACCAACUGGCAAAGAAAUACAACAUGGACAUCUCCCUGUUCGAGCGAAUGGUAAAGAACGACAUGCAGUGUCAGCGGCUUCAGUCUCAGCAUCGCAUGCGGCCAGAGUUCGCUCGGCUCCUGACGCCGCACAUCUACGAGUCGCUGGACAACCACGAAUCGGUGCUCAACUUCGACAACAUCAAGGGCGUCUCGUCCAACAUGUUCUUUGUGGAUCACAGCUACUGGGAAGCGCACGACACCGACACAAAAAGCCGGUCCAACAUGCACGAGGCUCGAUUCAUGGCCAGCUUCUGCCGCUACCUGCUUCAGCAAGGAUACAGGCCGUCCCAAAUCACCAUCCUCACCACGUACACGGGCCAACUCUUCAACUUCAAGAAGGUCAUGCCGCGGCAGGUCUUCGAGGGUGUUCGCGUCUGCGCCGUGGACAACUUUCAGGGAGAGGAGAACGACAUCAUCCUGCUGUCACUAGUGAGGAGCAAUGACGAGGGCAACGUGGGAUUCCUCAAGGUUGAGAACCGAGUUUGUGUUGCUCUCUCCCGAGCAAAGAAGGGUUUCUACGCCAUAGGAAACCUGACAAUGUUGGCGGAGGCAAGUCCUUUGUGGAGCAAGAUCAUCAAAGAACUCAGAGAGCAACACUGUGUGGGGACCCACCUUAACCUGUGCUGCCAGAACCAUCCCGACAGCAGGAUUCCUGCGGCCACCGACAAGGACUUUAACAAGGCGCCAGAAGGUGGCUGCAUGCGGCCCUGUGAAUUCAGGUUGAAGUGCGGCCAUGUGUGCACAAGCGUUUGCCACCCAACAGAUCCUGAACACGAAGAGUACAGGUGCAAGAAACCGUGUCCUAGAGUCCUGUGUGACCUUGGUCACAGGUGUACGAAGCUCUGCUCUCAGCCAUGCGGCGACUGCAAGGUGCUUGUGGAGAAGACCAUUCCAAGAUGUCAACACAAGCAGAAGAUCCCAUGCUCCACGUCUCCAAAUGUGUUCAAAUGCCAGGCGCCAUGUGACAAGCCCCUGCCUUGUGGCCACGACUGCAAGAACAAGUGUAGCCAAGAGUGCAGCAUUCCCUGCAUGGAGAUGGUACCACAUCUGCUCCGGUGCGGCCACACCAUCCAAGCGGCCUGUUCAGCCAAAAAGGAAGACCUGGUCUGCAACACCCCGUGUUCACAGCCAUUAAAGUGCGAGCACGUUUGUGCAGGUACAUGCGGCCGCUGCAAGCAAGGGAGGCUGCACCAGCCGUGUAUUCAUCCAUGUAACCGUGUGCUUGUCUGCUCCCACCAGUGCACGGCGCCGUGCACACGAAAUUGUCCUCCAUGCAGCAAACGUUGUGAGAACCGCUGCAUCCACAGCCGCUGCCCACACGAGUGCGGGAAGCCAUGCGUACCAUGCCAGGAGCCCUGUGAGUGGAGAUGCAAACAUCACAAGUGUAACAAGCCCUGUGGUGAGCCCUGCGAUCGACCUCGUUGUGACCGACCCUGCCAGAAGACCCGACGCUGCCGCAAGUGCAAGAAAGACCAGCCAUGCAUCGGUAUGUGUGGGGAACCAUGCCCGGACAAGUGCCCUGAUUGUGACCGUGAAGAUUUGACAGAAAUCUUCUUCGGAACGGAAGACGAAGACGACGCCCAGUUUGUUCAGCUGGAGGACUGCGGUCAUGUGCUAGAGGUUAGCGGACUGGACCAGUGGAUGGACAGCACCGACAAAAACAUCAAACUCAAGACCUGCCCAAAAUGCAAAACGCCGAUACGACGAAACCUGCGCUACGGCAACACCAUCAAAAAGACGUUGGUGAUGAUCGAGAAGGUGAAGAAGAAGUGUUACGGUGAUGAUGUCCAAAAGGCCCAAACAACAGCCACUGCCAACAGGUUGAUGGUAGAGCUCCAAACCGAUGCUGAUCUGCUCACGUGUCUACAGACCUCAGAGGAUCUUCUUCAGCAAAUGCAACGCCAUCGUCUGUUCUCUCUGGACCAAGUGGCCAUGUAUGAAAACAAAGUCCUUUUCCUGAAGAGUCUUGCAAAAGUAAAGAAAGAGAAGAGGCGAGAUCGAAAUCUCAUUUUUGGAGAAACACGCCACAUUACAGGGAUGGAUAAGGAAAUCGAAGAGAUGGAAGCGUGGCUGCAUCGUCGAACGGCCCGGGUGGGUGAACAGGAGUGGGAGGAGUUUGGGAGAGAGAUGACCCGACUGAACUUUCUGCUGAAGCUCCGCAUCCUUCAAGCGAUCAUCCGGAAGAAGGGAAUCAGCCUCGACGGCCUGGCACAGGGGAACCUUGAUCUUGCAGAAUGCAGGCUGACCGGGGGCGAAGUGUUCACGGAGAGCACAGAGCAGCUGGUCAAGCAAGCCCUGGAAAAAGUCAAGAGGCUAACACCCAGGCUGGCGGGAGGUGCCGACAUUGGUAUCUCAGAAGAAGAGCGGGUUCAGGUGGUCAAGGCCAUGGGUCUAUCACAGGGACAUUGGUUCCAAUGUCCCAAUGGACAUGUGUACGCCAUUGGAGACUGUGGGGGAGCUACGGUGGAAAGCACGUGCCCAGAGUGCAGAGCUAGAAUCGGAGGAGGGGGCCACAGGCUUCGGUCGGACAACCGUUUGGCGCCGGAGAUGGACGGAGCAAGGCACGCGGCAUGGUCUGAUGCGGCCAACAUGGAGAACUACCUACUGGACUUUGACUGAAAGGGACAAUGGAUCACAGUUGGCCAGGUGACAGUUGUUAAUUCAAAAAUCACAAUUUCAGCCAUGUGUUGUUUGGUAUUUUAGGAAGCAUCAGUAGGAAAUUGACUCAUUUGCUUUUUAAUUUUGAUCUUAAUAAGACAAUGUGUUUUCCUUAUCUUGGAUUAAUACCAUGGUCGGUUCUUGAAUAUGUCCAACAUUAAAUUCGAGUAUGAGGUGAACUAUAACGAAAAUUGUGAUUUUGUGGUUUAUGUAUACAUGUAUGCUGCAUUGUUGAAACUAUUUGGAAAUCAGUAUGCUUACACCUGGUGUGCUAAUAACUGUUUAAUAAUCAACAAUAGACUUCGUAGCAAGGAGCAUUGUGUCCUCUUUUAAACAAUUAAAAAAUUAUUUUCUCACAUAUUGAACAUAUUUCUUAUACUUAGUUACUAAGUUAGUACUUAACAUGAUUGUACAAUGCAGUUGACCUUAUUCUACAAUUAUUACAUAUGACUUGCAUCUGCUAUAUUUGCUAUAAAAUGUUACUGAUGAUGGUGUGAAAUGAUGGUGUGAAAUAUGACAUUUAUGAUACUAAUGAAUAAUGAUUCACGGAACUACGAGACGGUUUAGAUAAUCAUACAUGAUGUGCCUUGAAUUUGUUUGGUUAAUUAUAUUAGUUGCGACAAUUGACAUGAAAGUAACUUGAAAAGUGAAUAUUUAGGGAUGUCAAAGGAGAUGACUAUAAUUUCAAAUCACCGACCAAUAGCAAGAUUUUGUAGUGAAUACUUUUAAUGCAUUUGUAAUGUACUUAAAUCUAAAAAGGUUAUGGAAACAUUUGAGUGUUUUAUUGAAAUGAUGUGUUAUGCAGUUACAAUUCAUAUAAAAGCAUUCCUUUAAUCCAGAGACAUUGAAUAAAAAUCCUUUAAAUUUCACCCGCUAGUGUUCAUUAUAUGCUUGUAAUUUCUCUUCACUGUUUUACUCGAGUGCAGAUUAUUCAUAAAUUAUAUUGACUGCAAAAGACCUCAUCCAGAUACUUGAAGAGCAUCACAAGAAGAAAUCUGGAACUGAAAUAAAGAGAAACUG